GGUAGGCGGGAGUCUGAGCCAGAAUCUCGGCAUGAGCAGGUGGAGCCUUGGCGGGAACCCGCCUGGCGGAGCAGAGUGAGGCAGCGGGCUCAGCUGGGGCCAUGGAGCUGCUUAAGCUAAACCGGAGCGUGCAGGGACCCGGACCCGGGCCGGGGGCUUCACUGUGCCGCCCAGGUGGGCCCCUCCUCAACAGCAGCAGUGCGGGCAACCUCAGCUGCGAGCCCCCUCGCAUCCGCGGAGCCGGGACAAGAGAACUGGAGCUGGCCAUUAGAGUCACCCUUUAUGCAGUGAUCUUUCUGAUGAGUGUUGGAGGAAAUGUGCUCAUCAUUGUGGUCCUGGGAUUGAGCCGCCGCCUGAGAACUGUCACCAAUGCCUUCUUGCUCUCACUAGCAGUCAGCGACCUCCUGCUAGCUGUGGCUUGCAUGCCCUUCACACUCCUGCCCAAUCUUAUGGGCACAUUCAUUUUUGGCACAGUCAUCUGCAAGGCAGUUUCAUACCUCAUGGGAGUGUCUGUGAGUGUGUCCACGCUAAGCCUUGUGGCCAUCGCCCUGGAGCGGUACAGCGCCAUCUGCCGACCACUCCAGGCACGUGUGUGGCAAACACGCUCCCAUGCAGUUCGUGUGAUCUUAGCCACGUGGCUGCUGUCCGGCCUGCUCAUGGUACCCUACCCUGUGUACACUGCUGUGCAGCCAGUUGGACCUCGCGUGCUACAAUGUGUGCAUCGCUGGCCCAGUGCACGGGUGCGCCAGACCUGGUCGGUGCUGCUGCUCCUGCUCUUGUUCUUCGUCCCAGGUGUGGUUAUGGCAGUGGCCUAUGGGCUUAUCUCCCGCGAGCUUUACUUAGGACUUCGCUUUGAUGGAGACAGUGACAAUGAGAGCCAAAACCGUGUCCGAAGCCAAGGAGGGCUGCCGGGUGGGGCUGGACCUGGUCCUGUCCACCAGAAUGGGCGUUGCCGAAAUGAGUCUGGCUUGACUGGUGAAGACAGCGAUGGUUGCUACGUGCAACUUCCACGUUCCCGUCCCGCACUAGAGCUGACCACACUGACCGCGCCUACUGCUGGGUCAGGACCUGGCCCCCGGCCCACCCAGGCCAAGCUGCUGGCCAAGAAGCGCGUGGUGCGAAUGUUGCUAGUGAUCGUUGUGCUUUUUUUUCUGUGUUGGUUGCCUGUGUACAGCGCCAACACAUGGCGUGCCUUUGAUGGCCCAGGUGCACACCGGGCACUCUCCGGGGCCCCCAUCUCUUUCAUCCACUUACUAAGCUAUGCUUCAGCCUGUGUCAACCCCCUAGUCUACUGCUUCAUGCACCGUCGCUUUCGCCAGGCCUGCUUGGACACAUGUGCCCGCUGUUGCCCAAGGCCUCCUCGAGCUCGCCCCAAGCCUCUUCCAGACGAAGACCCUCCUACCCCUUCCAUAGCUUCCCUGUCCAGGCUGAGCUACACCACCAUCAGCACCCUGGGGCCUGGCUGAGGGGUGGCAGUAGUGUGGGCUGAGGCAGAACAAACAAGCCCUUAAGCACAAGAUCCCAUCCACAUGCACAAUAAAUACAAACCAAAACUGACACCCAACAGCAUGGACUAGCCCCUAUACACAGGAAAAGGUAAAGGAAGCAGGAAACAAGCUUAUACAGAAAAGGAGGCAUACUUCUGUUAUAGAUGGAGCCUAUCCCCAGAGAUCUGGCACUGACCAUGGACAGCAUCCCUAGCAGGGAAAUAUCCCUAGUCAGUGGGAACUUUGACAAGAUCUGACCUGCCCUUUGCACACACAUACAUUAACAGCUCUGAUUCUUUAGGGGCUAUGGAGCCUGGCACAGGAGUGACUCUGUAUGUUCUAGGCUGUCCCCAGUUUGACCUCACAAACCUUUCCUCAACUAGCACUGAAAAUACCAACAGGCCUAAUCUCACAUCUCCCUGAUCAAUAGGCUGUUUAGCACUGAAAACUACUUCAUCUCUUUCCAGUUAAGAACUGUGGACCUGCCUUCUCCUCCUUCACCAGACUUCUUUUUAAAAAAUAAUAAUAAACUUGGCUUCCUCCUAGACUUCCUUUCUGGACUUUUUCAGAGGCAGGUGAGGAGGUGUGGGAUUUUGUGAAGUCCUCCCUGUCAAAUCCCUUCCAUAGCUUCCCAGUCCUUUGCACCCCCCUGUGCCCAAAAGUCCUUGAUUUGAGGCUAGAUGGGACAGGGUUUACUCUCUUUGAGUGUCACAGUAGCUGGGAGUAGAUGUAGGAGGCAGGAUAUCCAUGACGUGUCAUGAUUCCAUUGUUAAGGUACUAUAAGCAUGGAUGCUUAUUAAAAUUCUGAUGAAAAGAUAAAAGAGGAAGCAUUGCAUAAUAAGACUCAGCAUAUUCAAGGAGUGUCUGAAACACCAGGGAUCAGACCAUGACAGGUGUAUAGAAGUUAAGAGUAGGGCCUUUUUUUAUGGUACAUUUUCUAUCCUCCAUCAUCAGAGCCUGGCCAAAAUCCACCUAAUGAAAGAACCCUGACAGGCUAUAACAAAGAGGCCUAAGGGCAGAGGCUUGGCUGGGUUGGGGGCUGAUGGGACUGUACCUGAAUAGGAGUCUGAGAACCCAGACUCUGGUGUGACUAUAAAACUGAUUGAGCCCCAGAGAGAGGCAGAGACCAGCGACAUCACCUCUAUACACACACAGGAACAGAAGACUUCACCAAGGGACAUACCUGGAUAAUCAAGGGGUAGUGUUAUGAGAGAAGUUCCAGUAAUAAAAGGGUGUUGUGGUUUUGGAUAUGUGGUAUCCCCUAAAAGCUCAUGUGUGAGACAAAGCAAAAACAUUCAGAGGUGAAUGAUUGGAUUAUGAGAGUCGCAACCUAAUCAGUGAAGUAUUCCACUGAUGGAUUAACUGGGUGGUAACUAUAGGGAGGUAGAAUCUGACUGGAGGAGGUAGGUCACGGGAAGUGUGCCUUUGGGACUUAUAUUUUGUCCCUGGUGUGCUGAGAUCACUUUCACUGCUUCCUUGUUGACAUGUGCUGAGCUGCUUUCCUCCACCACGCUCUUCUGCCAUGAUAUUCUGCCUCAUCUCAGUCCCAGAGCUAUUGAGUCAUCCGUCUGUGGACUGAGACAACAAGCUGAAAAUAAACUUUUCUUCCACUA